UACUUGCACAAUCACUUCCGCGUUCUAUGUAGUCCUGCCCCAGUGCUUCCGGUAUGGUUAAACCAUGGCGACGUUCUACACUCGCUGCCUACAAGAGCUCCCAAAAUUGAACAUUGCUGAUGUUCAUCGGAUUUGCAGAGUGACGACUACCCCAGCCAGCAAAUUAGAUAAAGGAUUUAAGUUAUAUGCUGCAUCAUAUAUACACAACUACUAAGUGUCCAAUAAAGACAGGUUGUCAGGGGAGGUUGGUGUGAGAGCCCUGUGCUACAGAUUAAGCUUCUGGAUUCAUCGCCGGUGGUACUGACACAUAGCCAGUGCUCCUGUGUGGCAGGCGCUGUUAUGUGCAAUCACACUGUGGCACUGCUCUUCCAAACAGCACACUACUCACAACUCAGAGUGCCGGUUGUCCCCCCUGUGCAUAGCUGCACGGAAUCUGAACAGCAAUGGCACAAGCCACGGACAGUGGGUGUGAAGCCAGGACCCAUCAACUCCAUGAUCUUCACUAAGCCGGUACCAAAUAGGAUGGCCCAGACUGGAGUACGGAGUGGCUUCUACAGAGGCAUUGUGGGUCCGUUACCAGAUCCCUGCUUGUUCAGAAUAACGGAGGCAUAUGCAAAAUUUAAUAUUGAGGACAGACCACUUGUGACCACAAUGAACAUGAGACCUGAUAAGCCCCUUGUGGAAAGUGCCUUUGGGCUGGUGCAGGAGGGCAGUGUUCUGUCAUAUCAGCAGCCGGUUUUGACAACCCGGUACAUCACACUACACCGUGAUGCACCACCAACACUGCACUUGCCUCUGGAGGGGUAUGACAUCUUGCCAUCAGAUUGUGUGUUUGUGUGUUCAGAAGAAGAGCUUCUGCAUCUGAAAAGCUUGUCUGUAACUCUGGAAAUGGCUCACAAAAUAGAGGAAGCUACACGUGAGCAAAGCUCUUCGUCUGAGUGGCAUCAGCUCCGCAGGCCCAGAGUGACUGCCUCUAGGUUUCGGGAGGUGUGUCACGUCAGAGGCCAGAGCUCGGCAGAGUCACUAGCAGAGCGUAUAUUGAAGGGAAUAAGGCAGACAGCAGACAUGAGGAGAGCAACUGAGAUGGAGCCUGCAAUAGCAGCAGACUAUAGUAGGCUAAUGAAUGUUAACUACUCACCCUGUGGUCUGGUCAUUCACCCCAUUGCCCCCUGGCUUGCUGCAUCUCCUGAUGGUGUUGUUUUUGACCCCAAUGAAUACCCCCAGUUUGGCCUUGUGGAAUUCAAAUGUCCCAAUGUACAAAACUUUAUUGACUGCAAAUAUGUGCAAAUGGAAUAUGGUACCCCUAAACUAAAAAAGAGCCACACAUAUUACUGGCAAGUGCAAGGACAACUGCUCAUCAGCGGGAUGCAGUGGUGUGACUUUGUUGUGUGGGCACAAGAGGACUACCUAGUGCAAAGAAUAUACAUGGAUACAGAUGUGCACAAUGCAAUCAGAGAAAAGGCUGACUACUUCUUUUUUUACAUAGUGUAGAGAUUAGAAAGAUAUGUUGCUGCUAUUUUUAUAAUCAUCAUUACCAUUGCACUAAUAAUUAAUAUUGAUAUUGCAUUCAGACGUUCAAACAUACUGGUAUCAUAUUAGCCUUUAUUACAGGUCCAGUUAUAACCACUUUAAACUGUUGAGUUGAAUCUAUAAUCUUAAAUGUUUAUUUGCAGACUGCAUUGUAAAAGAAAGGCCUAACGCUGAGUAUACUCUGUGCCAAAA